UAAAAAUAUUUUUUUAUUUAUCCAAUUUUAUUUAUUUUUUUUCUUCUCCUUCCAGCAGUCAACCAACCCUCUCCCUAAAUUUUUUUCCCAUACAGGCCAAUCAUUGAGAAAAAUAAAAGAGUACGUUAGUGUAGUAAAAGUUUUUCGGGGGUAAGUGAGUAAAAUGGGUGGUAAUUUUGGGUGGGUUUCUGUGUUUUUCGGCAAUUUUUGGCAAUUUUUAGAGCUCAAAAAAAUUUUUAGGGCUCAAAAAUUUAUAAAAAAAAUCAGAAAUUUUUUUUAAAUUUUUAAUUAAAAUUUUUUAAAUUUUUGGCGCACAGCUAAAAAUUAUUUAGAGUAGCAACAACACAAAAUAUAUUAAUUUUAUAUCGUGUGAGUGCACAUUCAUUACAUUUUUUUUCUGUGUGUUAAGAAUGAGGGGGAAGUUGGGUAAUUUUGAAAGAGGAGUUAAUUUUGGGGGUUUUUGUGCGGAGGUAAAAAAAAUUUUUUUUUGUUUGAUUAUUUUUGUGAACACUCAGAAACCAAAUAUUUUUAUAGUUCUAGUGUAGUCAAUAAAGGGUAUGACUAGGUGAGUAUACGAGAUUUUCAAUCCAGUGUCAUCCUUCAUCUUAUCCUUCUAUUCUGUGACGAAAUGAAACUUUUUUGGGGUCUGACCCAAAUGAACAAUUUUAUACCUUGUGGCCAAAUAUAUGAAUUUAUUUAGUAAAAAAAGCAAAAAAGGAACAACACCAACAACAACAAAUGAAUUAUUUAAAACUGGAGGAAUUCAAUUAUUCAAACUUCCGCUUGCACAAGCUGUUAAAAACAACCCCUCUUUUGAUGGAGUUCCUGUGCCUGCUUUAAUCAGAGAAUGUUUGGAUUAUAUUGCUUUUUACGGUUUGUUUAAUUUUUUUUGGGGAGAUUUUUUGAAAAAUUUUUUUUUGGGAAACUGGGACAGUUUUAGGGAAUUUUUUUUAAAAUUUUCUGGAAAGUAGGACAUUUUGGGAGGUAUUUUCUGCAUAUUCUCAUACAAAUCAAGAUUGGAUUUUCGGGAAUUUUUUUUUGAAAUUUUAUGGGGUUUUUUGAAAUUUUUUUUCAAAUUUUGUUUUUCUCUCGCAUUUAUUCCCCAAUU